AUGAAUGCAAUCAAAGCUCUGCCAAUCAUUUUCAAAUGGGCAAAGACCUUAUAUGAUAUUAUCAAGCAAGUCAAAGCCAACAAAAACCAAUGUCAACGUUUGAGCAAACGAGUCGAAUCUAUUGUGGUCGUCCUCAAAGACAGUUCGGUCGAAAACUACAGUGGAACCAUAAAGGAAAAAGCUUUACAAAAUCUAGUUGAAACGUUGGAAGAUAUAGUCAACUUUGUGAAAAAGUUUACUGAUGCUUCUAUUUUCGAUCGAUUUUUUCACAAUACUGACCAUCAAGAACAAUUUGAAAUGUUCAACAUGCAACUGUCACAUAAUGUUGCCGAUCUCAAGUUAGCCUUGGACAUCACAUCGGUAUUCGACCAACAUCAAGAUAUGAUAGAUCGGCAAGCUGAUCUCGACGAAAUUUCGACGAAAUUGGAUGAUAUUGCAUUGGGUAUGACCAAGCAACAACAGGAAUUGCUUAAUCAUAAAAAAGAAAUGAAGAAUGAAUUCAAAAGACGAUUUGACUCUUUCAGGUUUCAUCUACAACAAGAUGUACUUAAAGCCCAAAAUCUGACUGAAGCAAAAGCAAUAGAUGAAGAGUCAAAACUUUUUCUUCAUAUUCCAGGCCACGAUCUAGAGAGUGAAGAGCUAAUUGGUCAAGGAGGAUUUGCUGAUGUCUAUCGGGGUACAUGGCUCAGUCAACACCACCGCGUGGCCAUCAAAGAAAUUCGUAUUACACAUUUGAUGGACGAUGUAAGACAAGACUUCUUGUAUGAAAUUUCGGCCAUGUGCAAAAUUCGUUUUGAUCAUGUGCUCAAUAUUUUUGGUGCAUGUAUCGAGCCAAACUAUUACGCAAUUGUCGUUGAAUAUAUGUCACUUGGGUCAUUGUUCAACGUGUUGCAGAAGAAACAGCCGCAUCUCUCUUGGCCUGACCGUUGGUCUAUCGCACUACAGAUGACAAAGGGUGUUAAUUAUUUGCAUUCAAUGUCGAUUCUCCAUCGUGAUAUCAAGUCACUCAAUUUUCUAAUGGAAAAAGCAGUCGAUGGUUAUCUCAUCAAAAUAUGUGAUUUCGGUUUAGCCAAAAUUAGACAGGAAACAAGUCGCCAGACGGCUGAUAGUAAUCAGCAACGAGUAUCGGUGGGUACACUUCAAUGGAAAGCACCUGAAGUGCUGAAAUUCGGCAAACCAUCAAAAGCCAGUGAUGUCUACAGCUUGGGUAUUGUCUUUUGGGAGUUAGCUACCGAACGCGUACCCUAUGAGGAACUGGAUGAAGCAACUAUCAGUCAAGGUGUCAAAGCAGGCGAACGACUUAAAAUUCCUUCUGAUGUUCCACAUGAUUAUACGUCACUCAUAUCGAAUGCAUGGAGUCAAGAGCCAAGCGACCGACCCACCUCUGAACAGCUUAUUCAGCAGAUUAUGAUUGUUUCAACUACUGCAACCGAGGCAAUAGUGAUGCCAAGACUUCUGCCGACAGCAUUUAAACAAUAUGACAACAGUUCACUCAUAACCGCCAAGAGUCCAAAAAAACCUGAAGCCAUUCCAGUCGUAGACAGUUUAAGCAAAGGGCUCGAAGCACGUAUUAACGAAUGUCAACCUUGUUCAGAUGUCCGUUUAAAUAAACAGCAAUUGACAGAUGCAGAUAUCGAAAUCAUAGUUCAACAAGCGAUCAUCGGCAAACGAUGCAAAAGCCUUUCAUUAGCACUCAACGAGAUCACAUCAAAAGGUGCUUCGAUUCUGGCCGAUGCCUUGCGCAGUAAUACAACACUGCAUGAGCUGUGGUUGUCCACUAAUCAUGUAUCUGACGCAGGUGUGGGUUAUCUAGCACAAGCACUCUCGACUAAUAGAACUCUCACGAAGCUGGGUCUUGCUUCGAACGACAUUACAAGCGCAGGUGUGUCUCAUCUAGUGGAAAUAGUAAAGAAAAACAAAACAUUAAAUACAAUCGGGUUAGCUAUGAAUCGAAUCGAUGACCAAGGAGUACAAAUGUUAGCCAAUGCACUCGCUCAACAAAAUACAAAUCUUGAAAUACUAACUCUCGACAGAAAUCAAUCGGUGAGUGACUUCAGUAUCAAUGCUCUCAUAAACAUGAUCAAAAACAAUCGAUCGUUGAAAGAACUUUGGAUAAACGAUUGUAGUCUGUCUGAAAAAGGUAAAAAGAAGCUUCAACAAGCGACUGAAUCAAAGAAAGCCUUCAAACUAGUAACUACGUAUGCAAAACCAUCGUAA